AUGAACGACCGCCCGGGAACCAUUCCCAUGGCUGCGCGUUCCCACCCACGCCGCCCGCCAGCCCACCGCUCCGUCUCUCUCCGCCACAGCCCGCCGCCUAAACCUCAACCAUCAAGACGCGAGCCCAAGAAGGCGCCGACUGCUGAGACGUCGCCCACCCUCGCCAGCGACAAGGCCAAUCCGCCCUCGAGCGUGUCUCCCCAGCUGCUCUCCAACAAGACCAGCUCGGGCGAGAGCAGCGACGCCGGCCAAUGGUUCGAAAAGACCAACAACACGGCCAGCCAGGGCAAGUCGGCCUUCGUCGACAAUGAACCGCCCUUCUUCCUCCGCAACUCGUCUUCGUCCGAGACGCCGCCCGACACCACCCAGGCACAGGUCGCCAUGCCCUACCGCCCCCUCGGCCAGAUUGGCACCGACGGCAGCAGCACCGAAGACUUCCGCAGCGUCAUCGACGACCUGACCGUCGCCAACAAGAAGCUCAAGCAGCGGCUGCGGAAGUACGAGAAGCUCUACGAUGCCCACCUGCAAGAAGAGAAGCUGUUCGAGGUGAGGUUCCAUGGCCUGCCCGACCACAAGAAGAAAGAACUCGAGGAGACUCUGCGCAAGUUUGCAUCAGAUCUCGACGAAGGCACCGCCAACGACUACGCCGACAUCUCAGCCUACACCCCGGCACUCCAAACCCACAACACCGCCUCCUCCACAUCGCGCUUCGCCGAGUCGGGCUACGCUUCCCUAUCUGCAUCCGGCCCUAACUCGUCAGGCCAAUCCAAUCAAGACAACGACCACCGCAAGAUGACCAAAUCCGCCUACAGCCGGCAACAGCAAAACAUCCAGUCGUACCUCCACGACAUCCCCAUGGGCCUGCUACCCAACAACAAGACCGCCCCCAUGACCGACAAGUCCAAGAAGAAGAUGGUUGUGCGCCGCCUGGAGCAGAUCUUUGCUGGCAAGCGCUCUGCGCCCGGGUCCCACCCACACCCAAUGCAGCAACAGGAAGUAGCCCAGUCGGCAGCAACAGCCGACCGUGCCCAGCGAGAAGCGACGGGACAAAAUCAGAAGCCCGAGGGUCAGCGUGAAGCUCGCAUCAGGAACGACCGCGGUGCUAGUGCUGCUCGGGAAAGUCAUGCGGACCAGGACGAAGUCCUACAGGGCUUCCGCCCCAGCCUGCAUAUCGAGGAACAGGACUUCGCUGGCUCAGGUCUAUCUCCCGACCAACGACCCACACGACCGCUAGACCUGGACCCUUACCGUGCGCAGGUGCCUACAGAGAACAUGGACUACAUCCGCCAUCUUGGCUUCACCCCACCGGACAUGGACUCUGGAGAAGCACCCCUCGGCCACGGCUGGAUUUACCUAAACUUGGUCAUCAACAUGGCCCAACUACACACUCUAAACGUCACACCCGAGUUCGUCAAGGACGCCUUGCACGAGUACAGCAACCAUCUCGAGAUCUCUCGCGACGGUCGCAAAAUCCGAUGGAAGGGCGGCCUCGACAUUACCAAGCACAGCGGCGACAGCUCGUCGGAGCAUUGGAGUGGUGCUUCACCGAAUGAGUCCGGCUCCCAGUCGCCUUUCAAGGGUAUGAAGACUGGCAACAGCGGUGCCAGCAGCGACAUGAUGGAUGAAGCCACGAUUGCCAGAAGGCAAGCUCGUGCCCAGCGUGAGAAGGAGCAAAACAAGUUUGCGUACAAACCCAUGUUCUUCCACAAGGAUGAGUCGGAGAACGAAGACGAGUUUUACGCCUUCGACGCCGAAUCCUCAGCCAACUACUCUUACCAACCCCAGCCCACGGGCAACUCCUCGGGUUUCAGCAGUUCCAUCAUGCAGAGCUCCUCAUCAAAACCUCGCAGGCGCGAUGACGGGCCCAUGAUCUUCUACACCAAGGCCAAGUUCUGCACUGACCUGAGCGGUGAUCGUAACGGCGCCUUCCUUACCAUGCCCGGCAAUUAUCAGCCAAUUACGAACCAGCCGCUUGGUGCCAAACAGGGCACGUCAUCCCCGACCAAGAGGACGUCGUUGGACCUGGCCGAGCCCCGAGGUCCUUUGGACACUACGCCGAUGGAUGUCGACAGCGGAUCACGCACUGUCUCGAGUGGAGAUGACCUUGGCUUCUCGCCCGAGGCCUUGAGGAACGACAGCGGUAAUACCAGCCCAGAACUCAUGGACUUUGAGGCUUCGGGUCUGGGCGGUGUACAGCCAGAGGACAAUUUCUCCAUCCACGUACGACGAUCACAAGUACCCACCGCGCCAUCCCAUGUCGCCGCUCGCCGCUGGUCGACCUUGUACCCCAAGGCCAUCCAGGAUGCACUCAACAGGCAGUCGUCUCCCGAAGUCGAGUCUCCUAGAUCAAGUCCUCAGCGUGUGAUUGAGGAGAGGAUUCUCUCUGCGUCACGGAAAAACCUUCCUAGCUCGACUCUUCCUCCCGCCUCCUUCCUUCCAUUGGAUUCUUGCUCUUCCGGCGAUGUCGACUCGGACCUUGCAUCCGACGCCUCAUCCGAACCCGACAGCGACAGCGACUCUGGCGGCCCUACAACGGCCAUGCAGAUCCUCAACAUCGCGCCCAUCGCCUCCGACGUCUCUGAAGGAUCCGAGUCCGAUUACGAAGACAGCGACGACGGCAGCGUCGACAUGCUCGCUACAGCCCGCCAACAAGACCCCAGCGCUGUCCGUGCCAGCGAGCGCGAAUACGACGCUGCUCUCGCCGAUCGUCUCGCCGAAGAGAUUCCCGCAGGAAGUUCGGCUGCAACCGCUGGAGGCGGAAGUGGGUUCAACAGCCCCGCCGGUGGUGUUCGCAUUCGCGAGGCUGCCAAGUUGGCUAAGCGUGCUAGCCAGGCUAGCAGUGGAAGCAGCAGGGCUGGUCCACCGGCGAAUCUCAAACGCGCCCGCACGAGCGAUUCUUUCAACCCGCCUCCGAAGAAGAGUCCCAAGACGCGAAUGACGGGGGAGUGA